AUGAAUGGCAAAAAGCCAAUCUGCAUAUCUCCAUGGAACGGGGGCUUUUGGUUUCGAUUUAAGGGCAAGAUACUUUCAUAUCAGAUCCAAUCUGUCAGCAACGGAUUACAUAAAGAAGAGGUCAUCACUAUCACUUGCUUGGGUAGAUCAGUGCAGGUUCUCAAGGACCUCAUUGAAGAAUGCCGGGUUGAAUACCUGAAACAGGGCCAAAAUAAAAUGUCAAUUUUCAAGAACUGUGGCGACUAUUGGAAGAAAACCACAACCAAAGACAAGCGGCCAUUAUCGACUAUUAUUACGAGCGAGACUCAGAAGCAAGAUUUGGUCGAAGAUGUGAAGGAGUUUCUGGACCCGGAAACUCAAACUUGGUACGCCGGGCGAGGCAUCCCAUAUCGAAGAGGAUAUCUACUAUAUGGCCCGCCUGGAACCGGAAAGUCAAGCCUCGUCUCGGCCGUAGCUGGUGAGUUCGAUCUCGACAUCCGCACCAUCAGUAUUCCUAGCGUGGACGACAACAAGUUAGAGGACCUCUUCGACAGCCUGCCUGAGAGAUGUGUUGUUUUGCUGGAGGAUGUAGAUGCAGUCGACACAGAUCGCUCACAAUAUUCUGACGCAUCUGAGAAGAAGAAGAAGAAGGGUACGCUAUCUCUUUCAGGUCUUUUGAACACUUUGGAUGGUGUAGCAUCGCAGGAAGGCCGAAUAUUGUUCAUGACCACGAAUCAUAAAGACAAGUUGGACGACGCUCUCAUACGACCUGGCCGCAUUGACAGAAAGUUUGAGAUUAAACUAGCUGACAAAACUGUGACGAGGGACCUUUUCAGGUUUAUUUUCAGACAAAGGGAGCACUUCAAUCCUCAAUUUCAUGUGAACGGCAAGGGAACAAAAAAUGCAAGCCAUCCCCCUCAAGAAAAAGUCCCGCACCUAUGGCCGAGUUUGAUAAAGGACCUGUUUAGGUUCGUUUUUGGGGUUAAGGAAGAUCCCUUCGCGCAGAAGAAGGUGCUGGAUGAAAGGGAAACGCCGGAUAAAGAUCAUGUUGCCCGGGGUAAAGCACGAGCCACGGGUGACCGUGCGAUAAAUCGGCUUGCUGCCAAGUUUGCUACCAAAAUUCCAGAGUUUGAGUUCAGCGCAGCACAGAUUAUGUGCCAUCUUCUACAGCACAGGAAAUCACCCAAAGAUGCUUUGAAAUACGCCAGCAAUUGGGUUGAUCUUACACGAAAAGAUAUGCAGAUGAUGUGCGGAACGGUAGAGCCUAAGCUGCUGCUGUCAGGAAAUUCUGAGCCGUUGAAAGAAGGUUUAUGGAUGAAACCUAGCAAUAAAAAAAGCCCUGUUACAGGCAAACUGAAGAGGGUUGGGAAGUUUUCCGACUUACACCUCACGGUACCUGUCUCUCCGCCUCCAUCGCCUUGCGACUCUGCUUGCCAGCCAGGCAGUGCUUCAACACAUUUCUCCUUGAGCACUGUGGGGGACACGGUUGUUUGUACCACUUCCGUUCCACUUUGUGUUCCUACCGACACACAGCCAAACUCAGUAACCUGCACAGAGGAGCUUUGCGGCGAAACAAAGCGCAAUUCUCAUAGUCAUAUUGAUUACACCGACAAAGACUUCCUUUUGAAUGAUGGCGCUUGUGAGAUGACUGAGGCAGACCGGCACAGAUUUGGCAUCCAAGACUGGUCGGAGGAAAACUCGUCUUCUACCCACACGAAUCGAGCAGCAGCCUCAACUUGCGAUCUUGAACAUGCGUUGUCAAAAUCUGAGCCACAAGUCGUUCAAGGAGUACUACAUCAGGCCGGUGUAUUGAAGAAGGCUAUCUUCGUAAAGUCUUCUAUUGAACAGACUUUCACCUCCAAUACAGGAGCCGCAGCGAACAGCACAAUCCGGACCGAUAUUAAAGCGUUGCGCCCAGGCAGUCCUCUCGCAGAUGGGUGUACUUUGCUGCCAUGCGAUUUAGGUUCGCCAUUUGUUCCAUUCAAAUCACAUCCAGUUGAAGCAACUGUGCCAGAAGGGCCUGAGCUCGACUCAUCUGAUUUCCCAGUGACACUGUGGGACGCUACUCAGGAUGCACCUGCCGGUUCUGAUCUUGAAAAGAUGUCUGGGGAAGAAAGGUUGAAGUUGGGUAUUAACGAACCUGAUCGUGAGGACAAGUCACAUGAUAUAUCGAUAUUUCCUUGGACUGACUGCUGUCCUAACGAUCCCGAUAAGGCCAGAGAACAAACCCUAAGUACUGGUGUUCCUGGAAUACGAGUUUAUCCUGCGAAUGUUUUCUUCCAUGAUUCAGACUCGCAAUCUCUCAAUGCAGUCGAUGCAUCCCAGAGCAAUGAUGAAUCCAGGGCCAAAAUAGAAACGCAGAUUUCUCACAAAGAUUCUGAAAUUGAGAUUCAAGCCUUUGUCAGAACAAGGAAUUUGACUGGGUUGUCAGACUCGAAUGCCGUUAUCAAUCCGGUAGAGUCUUGGGAUACCACCAAGGACGUGCCUGCAAGUUCUGGCUUCUGCAAUUGUAAACAAGGUGACUUACUCGAAUCAGAUAUGGAGGACAGGAAGUCAACUUCCAAUGAUGAACUUCCCAGGGCAAAGGUGGAGCAACAGACCGGGGAACAACGUAAGAUGGGGCAGGGCGUUGAUACUAUGGGAGAGUUCAAAAGCAUGCCUGCUGGCUCGGUUACAGAAACUCAAAAUACUGGAUCCGAAAAUAUAAAAUUCCAUGCGUAUUCUGUCAAUGCUAGCAACAACCCGGAAGUCCUUGGCAGCGGAGAAAUCACGCAAUACUUCAACCCAUCCGAUCUUCCAGCGGAAUGGGGUACUGAGGAAGGCAUCGACAUCAAUUCUCUUCUUGGCGACCUCAAUGAAGACAAGUUCAACCAGCCGGAAAACGUAUUAGACAGACAUGACCUAUCCGCGGUAGAAAUCGGGCUUCCUUCUCACGUUGGGGACGUGGACAUGGAUUUUGUUUUGGAUGACGGUGCAACCGAUAUGAGUGAAGAUAACCAGCACAGAAUACGCAAAUGCUGGUUAGGGGUGAAAUCACCUUCUACUGACAUCACUAUGGCUUCGGCCUUCGGAUCCGAUGAUAGGGAUCGUGUGCAGGAGACAGAACCGAAAGGCGGUAGCGGCGUUCAACAUCCAACUCGGAUGGCGAGAAAGUCUAUCACCGUCACAACCUCGAUUGAGCGGGUUGUCACCCCUAAUACUGGAGCGGCAGAGCACAGCAAGCUUCGGACCGAAGUCAAAGCGAUGCCUCCGAGCAACCCUGACAAUACAAACGAUGUCUCUUCUCUGACUCCCGUAUCUAUGACCUCGGAUGGCAAUGGGCCAACAUCAACACCCAGCAAGUCUCAAAUCGGCGUUGCGCAGGUAUGGACACUUCCUACGUAUGUAGACAGUCUCCGUACGAUGAAGUCAUCUGAGGGUUAUCCUCUUUUUACUUCUGAUCUUGACGGCCUGUCACAAGACUACACAAGGCCAACAGUUUGCGGACCAGGUAGCUGUAACGUUGGCCAGCUUUUUGAUCAUCAAAUUGGUCACUCAUUAAACGAUUUGUUUGAUCAAAAUAAGAACUAUGGCUGUAUGGACGCGAAUCAUGGCCUUCCCCUUAUGAGCGAAUGUGUUUCUGAGCACAACACAGAAGAAGCACCGGCAAAGAACAAAACUCAACCCGAAACUAGAGGCUCUAGCUCAACGCCUGCCAAAGCUUCCAGCUUCUCAGCACCUUCAUUGAGCGCUGUUGGGACACCAGUGUCAAAGCUUUGCACUCCUGCCAGUGUUAAGACCGAUGUUCAAGUUGAAUUGGCCGUCGAAACCGAGAAGCCCCGCGAUGCUUCUGGGGCUAAAGACGUUGCAGAAAUUCACGGCAUCGACGUAGAUUUUGACCUGGAUUGUGGCGCUCGCAGGAUAACUGAGGAAGACUUUGUCAGACUCGGUCUUCAUAACUUGUCGUGGGCGAAACUGGGCGAUACGAUCACGGGUCCUCCACCAAUGAGUACAGCAGACUUGGGUGGGCUGGAGAAUGCCUCCAAGGAUAGCUCCCUCUUGGUUAGUGGUGCCAACGCCAAAGAUGAUUCAGAAGAGAAUGUGGUGGCGAACAAGACUGGACUCGACGUAGGCAUCUCAAAGCUGCUUGUUGCCAAUGUUGAUAACCUUCUGAGUAUGAAAUUAGAUCCGCCGAUCGACUUUUUCGGCGGCAUUAGCCAGCAAACAAGUCCAAGAGGCACCGUUCCAGGCGGCUCUCCAGUCUGGAAAACAAGGAAAGCUGAUGGCGAACACGGUGACGAACCUCAGACCAAUGAUUCUUCCAACACACCUGACGUGAAUAGCUCGGAUAGUGCUGAUGAAUCACUUUGGGUGAAGGUGGAGGUGGGUACAGAUAAUCUUGCGACCUACACGGACAUGUAG